GAUAGUAGUAGUAGUAGUAGUAGUGAUAAUAGCAAUGAUGGGACAGUUAGGUCGCGAUCAAUAUAUGAGAGUAUGUUUGGCAAAGAUAGCGAUGAUAAGUGGCGAUGGGGUAAACCCAGUGGUGGUGGUAGUGGUAGUGGUAGUGGUAGUGGUAGUGGUAGUGGUGGACAACCUGAUGAUGGUAUAGGUAGUCAACUGUACGAUCCGAGUUGCGGCUAUUCAGACGUAGGCGUAACGAGGAUUGUUGGCGGCCGUGAAACACCCGACGGUCUAUAUCCGUGGCUGGUGGCCGUAUUAAGGGACGGGGAUGUAUGGUGUGGCGGUACUAUUGUCAAUAGACAAUGGAUAUUAUUGGCAUCACAUUGUUUUGCAAGCCCUGGACAGCCUACACCCGAUCAUUUUACCUGGGCUAUUAGAGUGGGUACCAAUAAUAAAGAUAAGGGAACUACAUAUAAAAUUCAUAAAGUUAUAACACACGACCGAUUCAAUUUGGAUAAAAUGCUAAACUCGGACAUAGCUAUGGCCAAAACUAACCGUCCGAUUCAAUUCAGCCGAUUGGUUAAGCCGGCCUGUUUGCCAAACAAUAGCUACKCGGAACCGCGUAGCCUGAAAGUUAUUGCCGCCGGCUGGGGUGCCCAGGCCUACGAUGACAAUACUAGUCCCGUAGCUAAUCGGCUCCGGGAUGUUAGCCUAACGUUGACCACCGACGGUGAUUGCGAUCGUAAAUAUAAGGCGAAAAAACGCCGAAUCUAUAAGUCCCAGCUGUGCACCUGGUCCUAUGGUAAAGAUUCGUGUCAGGGAGAUUCUGGUGGACCGUUAGUUGAAAAAAUUAGUAACCGCUAUUUUUUGAUUGGUAUUGUAUCCUAUGGAGCUACCUGUGCCGAUGAAUUUCCCGGUGUCUACACUCAAGUAUCCUAUUUUCUCAAAUGGAUUAUCGAUACAAUAAAAAACAAUUAA